AAAAAGAGAGAAAAAACAAAACAAACACACACUCAUUUGGCGCACACAUCCAUCAUCACCAUCACACUUGUUUCUUCCUCCCUUCUUCUUCUCCUCCUUUCCUUUCCUUUCUCUCUCACUCACUCAAUCCUCCUUCAUUCCUUCAACCACACAAACCAAUCCACUAAAAACCCGGGUCAAUGACCCAAACCCAAAAAAAACCUACCAACCCCAAAAAAACCCAAUCUGAACCACCUUCCUCUUCUUCUUCAUCCUCUCGAACCGGAAUGAAACUUAUCGUUCCUCUUCAAGCCGUAGUUCAAGGUCGCAACGGUUUUCUCCUGGGUAGUUUAAUCCCUUUGUCACUCUUUUACUUUCUUCAACUCUACCUUAAACGACGUCGUUCUGAGAACAAUAACAAUACUCCUUCUUCUCCUACUACGCUUCUUCUUCCUCGUUCUUCUUCUCGUUCGAAUUUAUCCUCUCGUGGCUCUAUUUCGCGUGUGAGAGUAUCGAAACUAGCGAAUGUUGUUGCCAAACGUGAUGAUUCUCUUUAUUAUGUUGGAAUUGAAAGAGUUGAGAAAGAUCCUUAUCAUGUUAAGUUUAAUCCUAAUGGGAUUAUUCAGCUUGGUUUGUCUGAUAACAAGUUGAGUUUGGAUUUGAUUGAGAAAUGGUUGGUGAAGAACUUGGAGGGAUCAAUGAUGGGGAAUGAAGAUAUCAAUUUAAGUAUAAAUGGAAUUGCGCCUUAUCAAUCAUUUCAUGGAUUGAAUGAAUUGAAAAUUGCGUUGGCAGAUUUUAUGCAUCAGGUUAUGGGAGGAUCAGUAGAAUUUGACCCGUCGAAUAUGGUACUAACAUCGGGAGCAACUCCUGCAAUUGAGAUACUAUCGUUCUGCUUGGCAGACCAUGGGAAUGCAUUCCUUGUCCCUACACCUUAUUAUCCAGGUUUUGACAGGGACGUAAGAUGGCGUCCAGGGAUAGAUUUAAUACCUGUUCACUGUCGAAGUACCGACAAUUUCAAUCUAAACAUCACUGCCCUUGAACAAGCAUUUAGUCAAGCAAGAAAACGAGGAGUGAAAGUUCGCGGAAUUCUCAUCUCGAACCCUUCAAAUCCUGUUGGCAAUAUUCUUACACCAGAUAUGCUUUUCAGUCUUCUAGACUUUGCUGAAGAUAAAAACAUUCAUAUCAUUGCUGACGAAGUAUUUGCAGGCUCCACGUACGGAAGCGAGGAGUUUGUGAGUAUAGCCGAAGUUCUCGAUUCAGAAUAUAUAGAUAAAAGCCGCGUUCAUAUAGUAUACGGCCUAUCAAAAGACCUCUCGAUUGCUGGAUUUAGAGUCGGAGUUAUACAUUCACACAACAAAACUGUUUUGGAUGCUGCCAAAAAAAUGAGCAGGUUUUCAGCUAUAUCUGCACCAACACAAAGGUUAGUUACUUCAAUGCUUUCCGAUAAACGAUUCAUCCAGGAAUACAUUGAAACCAACCGAAAUAGAAUAAGACGGGUGCACGAUGAGUUUGUGGAUUGUUUAACCAAACUAGGAAUCAAGUGUGCUAAGAGCAGCGCCGGUAUGUUCUGUUGGGCUGAUAUGAGUGGUUUAAUCAGACCUUAUAGCGAGAAAGGAGAACUUGAAUUAUGGGAGAAGUUUAUGAGUGUUGCUAAGAUAAAUAUAACUCCUGGAUCGGCUUGCCAUUGCAUAGAACCAGGAUGGUUUCGUAUUUGUUUUACAACUAUAUCGUUCGAGGAAAUCCCUGUAGUUAUUGAUAGGAUUCGGAAAGUUGUUGAAAGUUGUAAAUCUUCCGAUUGAAUUUCCUUUAUUUUUUUCUUACAAUUAUGAUUACUGCCUCUUGUUGCUGCUUUAUUAUAAUUUUUUGGAAGGAAAGUAUACAACCCUAGAUAUCAUUCAAGUUUA